GGUUUGGGCAGGUGACACCAGUGACUACAACGGGAAGGAGGAGCGAGACCGGGCGCGCGCGGGCGCAGGGAGGUGCGGAUUUAACGGAGCCGCUCAUUCCGCGUGUCCUCAAACAUCUCAGCGCGCUGUUCUGCACAACGACAUGGGGCGCUACACCGGCCAGACAUGCCGCCUGAUUUUCAUGCUAGUGAUCACGGUGAUCUUUUUCGUGGCCGAGAUAGUCGCGGGUUAUCUGGGGAACUCGCUGGCGCUGGUGUCGGACUCGUUCAACAUGCUGUCGGACAUCCUGUCUCUGUGCGUGGGGCUGGCUGCGGGGAGACUAGCGCGCCGGCCCGCGUCUCCGCUCUGCACCUUCGGCCUGGCCCGGGCUGAGGUGGUGGGCGCGCUGACCAACGCCGCUUUCCUGGCUGCGCUCUGCUUCUCCGUGUCCGCCGAGGCAGUCAAGAGGCUGGCGCGCCCCGAGGCAGUGGACGAGCCAUUCAUCGUGCUGAUCGUCGGCUCUCUCGGACUCGGGGUCAACGUCAUCGGGCUGCUCGUGUUCCAGGACUGGAGGUGGCUGUGUGGGAGGAAGGACGGGAGCAGAGACGUAUCCACCGACAGCGAUGGGAAAAUAGCAAUGAACGGCGAAGCAGGCUCCGACCCACACCAGGAUAAGAAGCAGAGUGACGGACCUCCGCUCAACAUUCGAGGAGUUUUGCUCCACGUGUUGAACGAUGCUCUGGGCUCAGUUGUGGUGGUGGUGGCCGCGGUGCUGUUUUACGUGCGGCCUCUGCCACCCGACACACCGUGUAACUGGCAGUGCUACGUGGACCCAGGCUUGACGCUGGUCAUGGUGGCCAUCAUUGUGACCUCAGGUGUUCCUCUGGUCAAAGAGACGACCAGAAUUCUGUUGCAGAUGAGUCCACCCGACCUGGACGUCUCCAUGAUCCUUGAGGACGUCUGCCGGCUACCCGGAGUCCUCGGCGUUCACGAACUGCACGUGUGGGAGCUGGCCAAGGACCGGAACGUGGCCUCCAUGCACGUCAAAUUGUCUUCCGACCUAGAAAGCUCGAAAGGCGAAAUCCGACGCCUCCACGGUCGAAUCAGAGAGAUGUUACAUCGCCUGGGGGUCCACAGCGUCACGCUGCAGACGGAGUUCGUGGACGACGAGAUAGAGAACGAACACUGCGGAACGCCGUGCAUCUCCUACGACUGCCUGAAGCAAUCCUGCUGUCCUGCUGAUCCGAUGACCCAUAAGCAUACCGACCUCCAUAAAAUGAAGGACUCCCGCAGCUCUGGAGAAGUGACCGUGGACAUCGCAGACGGCUGUAGAGACGAGGAACCGAAACGCCUUGCUAGCACGGCCUUCUAAAACCUUCAGGCCUGGUUUCUGUAACUAAAUUGAGCUUUAACCAGAAUAUCAGGUAUUUCAACAAAACGCUAGAGGCGUAAAAUCCGCUCUUUACGGCUGACAGACUGUUUCUCCCCCGAACGCAUUCCAAGCAACAACGUUAUUCAGAUCCUCAAUAAGCUUCAUUUAGUUUCAUUAACGUUUGCACUACGUGCGGCAUGUGAUACAGAGUGUAUUGUUCUACUACACUCUCUACACAUCAGCAGAGUUAACAAGCUGUAACAAAACUUCGAUUUGAAAGAAAAUCCAAAAUAUUCAAACACUGAAACAGACAACAUAAAAGCUGCCAUUAAUUGCUUUUUGGCAAUUAUAAAAGUUUCAGUCUAACAAUUUAAACUUAACGAAAACUGUUUACGUAAUCAAAAGCAACUAGGUGACGACGCCAAAAGGCUACAUAUUUAUAUAUAAAACAAUUUUUAAUUCUUACUGCCUCAAAAAUAACCCAAUUCACAAAGAGUUUGUGAAGCUACUCCAGCUUUUUAAAACGACCUUUAACGUUGCAUAUAAAUAUUACCUCAGUACAGAUAUUGCUAACUUCAGUAUCCACAAUUUAGCUUUCUGGUUAGAGAAGUAGGCUAAUGUGGUUAUGAAUAUCUGCCUGGAAUGAUCCAGAUAAUCACUGACCAGCAGAGAUUUUACAAAGACCUUUCUGAAAAUUAACCAAAUCAUUCUCUUUGUGUAAAGUUUGGCUCUUGUUUUGUUGGCGAACACAGCUACAGUUAUUAAAAGGACUGGUCUUUACUGCUAAUCACAAAUUAUCAAGCCUAAUGCAGUAAAACACACUAAAAUCUUCUGAAAAUGAAUUCUAGCGAGGACUUAAACAUUAGCAUCUGAUAUAGAAACUCGAACCAGACCGUUAGCCUGAUAUAAAUACAGAUACCUCAGGGAGUUGAAGGACUUUUCUGUACUUGAGUGCAAACUACUGUUAUCUUCAUUUGCUGUGAUGCAAUCAGUUUCCGCUGGACUCUUCAGAUUCCGUUCUAAAGCUUAAAAAAAUAAAAAUAAAAAAUCCAACUUUGUGAAGAACGGAUCGUACGACUGAGACCGAUGUGCUUACAAUCUUAAAUCUCAUGGUGCCGAUUCUUUAGCCCACUGAGCAGGGACCGGACCGAGAUGACCGGCUGGCUUCUGAAUACGUGGCCUGUGUGUCUGUUUUGAGUUUUACAAAAGCAUUAAAAUCCUUAGAAGUUGAAGUGUUAAUGAGAUGUUAAGUCAAGCUCAUGUUUAUUUUAGCUCAACACUUCAUGGGAUCUUACCGUAAGUGAUCGUUACUUUCCAUUUAAUAUUUAACACUAUAAUCCCUCAGAAUAUGAUACUGAACGUUAGCGUAAUAUUCUAAUAAACUAGUCAUUGAUAUUGGGGGGAUUUAUUAUUAAGUUAGGGGCGGUGCUUAAUGCUGUAAGCUUAAUACAACUUCUCAUUGUAACUUGAAUCAUAAUUUGGAGCCAUUACCUCAUUCUAUACAUUUCAUUAUUGUUUACUUCAUACUCGAUCCGAUAGAGUAAACGAUAAGCUAGUAUUCAGUAAACUAGGCUCAAUGAUCGUUAAACGUCCAGUCGAAAUGACACUUCAUUCUAAUUAGAAAUUAAGAAGUUAUUAAAUCUAUUAAGAAACAUAUCAAAACAGACAAUUAUUUAAUUUUCACUUUACACACCUUUCAUUUUUUUGCUAAACAUCUGGCAUUUUUUUGCUAAACAUCUUUUUCACAACUAUUCGCGUGUUCCUUGGGAUUUUGACUUUUACCUCAGACACUACAGGAAACGAGUCAUGUUUCCGAAAUGCUGACUAAUAUGAAGUGAAUUAUUUCUUUGUAAAAAUCUUUCCUAUAUUUAUAUAUUUUUUAAUUUGCAAUAUGGCAUUGUAUUCAUUUUAAAGAGUUUGCAUUUGCACAUUACUGGGACAUCAUAAUGUGAUGUAAAUACCAAAGUGCACUUUCUGUUCACCGUAAAGCAAAACGGUAACGUAGCAAGUUACGAUUCACGCAGAGGUCCGUCUGUACGUAACAAACCCUGCCUUACAGCUCUGCUUUCCAGACCUCACAACAACAGAAACCAUAAAUGAAACGUAAAAGGAGCCAGAAGGAGCUUUAUUCCCUGCUGGAGUUGAACAAGAUCAGUUUAACAAAAAGCUUCCAAAUCCUGCCGACUUUGGAGCUCAUUUUCAAACUCCCCGAUUAAAGCACUUCUUAUCCCAUAAAAAUUUAGGGGAGAAUUUAAAUAUACACAUUUAAAUAUUUAACAUUCUAUACAAAGAGAUUUUUUUAGUUCAGUCAAGACAACGCAAUGCACUUCACCUCAAAAUGUUUAUAAUUCAGAAACUAAAAAAAAGAUGUUUUAAAACUUAAUUCGAAUUUUGCUCUAAACAUACUGAGAAUCAAACUGAAUUAAAGUCGUGAACCCAGUGUUGCGAACCGACUGGAAACAAACACAAGUUUGCUUAUUUUCUUUAAUCAUUACAUUACACUGAGAAUCUGCUCUACGUGUCCCGGUGUAAGAUACCAGAACAAUGGUUUUGACUAUAUUCCAACUUUGGCCUAUUUUGGUGUUACACUCCAGUAGAUGGCAGUUAACGAUCGGACCAAUGUGAAACAUGUGAUGUCUGGAAAGUGGCUGAAUCUUCUACACUUUUUUUUUUUUUUUUUUAAAUAAAUACAGUGUGUGCUUUUUUUUUGUUUUCAUAAAAUCAAAUGAAUAAA